CACAAAUGACAAAACCUUACGUACCAUACAGUUAAUCAAACACCACACACAACACCAAUAUCUGAAACCCUCUCUGCUAAAACACAAACAAUAUAUUCUUCUUCCUUCCUCCCAAACUGAUUUGUGCCAAUUGUGAUCCUAUAUGUGUUCCGGUAGCAACAAAAUCACACAUCUUUAGGAGUCAAAAUUAAGGAUCAUUUAGAAACAUUUUUUGUGACGGUUCAAGGCGCGCCUAAGCCGACAAUAAUUUGGAUCACCAGUGUGUCUGCGGAACAAUUAAUAUAAUUAACCAAGCUCAUGAAGUGAAUAAUUCAAAGUGUUACAAACAUGACCAUGGACCGGUUAUCACAGAGCAGUUCAGACUCAUCAUCCACACGAGGAGACCCCAAAGUGUUAUCCAUAGAGUGUCUCAAGGGAAGUUCCAAAGCCGACGAGUGGACCGGAGACAUGCUUCAAACCGGCGACAUCGUCGAAGAGCUUCGAAUCGGAAACUCUCCGAACGCGCUUAUCCGCUUCCAAUCGCCUUUCAAAAACGGCAAGAGUGGCGUCAGCAGAAUCCUGCAAGACUCUUACAAGAAGAAAGAGACCUCUAUCCUCGUUCGGGUUCGCCGAGGACCCCAUGAGUUCGCCGAGUUGCAGGCUUGUAUCGUUCCCAACGAUUCUUCCGGGAAGAAGCACUAUGUUCUCCGCUCCAUCACUGAUCCUAACUACGUUGUUGGGUUCUUGGACCGAACUGAAACCAAGUGUUUCCAACUCCAAGCUUCAAGGACCAGCAGGAUGGUGAAUGCACUAACUAGGACGCGGUUACAGGAUGGAUAUGUCUCGUAUCCAUGGGAGAGGAGGAUGCAGGAGUUGUUAUCAGUUCCCAAUUCAAGCAAUUUUCUUUCAAUCUUACUUCUUCCCAAAGUUUCAGAUAGGAUAGCUUCUCGCUACAAUGAUGUGGAGGACACACUAGCCAGAGCAAAUACGUGGCUGAAUGCAACUCAAGCUUCAGGGGUCCCUAUUGUCUUUAUGAACGUCCAAACAGAGUCCCUACUUACCAAGAUCUCCGGAGAGACGGCUUCUUCCACUGUAAAUGCAGGGUCAUUAUCCGACGUAUCUAACCUUGCAAAUGCAAGCCUUUAUGGCUUUGAGGAUUACCAUGGAGUAGACAUUGGUGUUGUUAGAGCGGUUCGGCUCUGGUAUGCUCCAAUCGGCGGGGAGAUCUCAAUUGAGAUAAAACUAAAAGAGGAUGACACAAAACUUGGCUUUGCCAUUAGUCGCACAGAAGAGGGUUUUAUUUUCAUCCAAACAGUUAUUGAGGAUGACCAAGAAAAUGUACCAGCCACACGUUCAGGACUAAGCAAUCUGUAUAAAGCAGCAAAAGAUGCUUCAAAGUUGUUGGUAGUGUCUAAUCUUUCAAAUCAAAGAGUCCUCCCAUGGAUGGUUUCUUCAACAGGAGCCAUUAGGUGUUAUGACACUGUUUCAUUGAGCCAGAAACUGUCCUUGCAUAGACACACCAAAGUUCCUAUUCUCCUUCAUGUCUUCCUUUGGGAUAGAAAAUUGGCUUCAAGUGUAGAAAGUACAAGAUUGAGUAACUUGUCUCCCUCAGUGUUGCCAUUGCCAUUACCACCAGAAGUUCAAUUGGCACGCCAUCCAAAUGAGAACCAAAUACAGCCAUUGCCCCAUGAAGGAUCUGAUGCAGGUGAUGGUUCUCAGCCAAUGCAGCUUGAGAGAGACACAGCUGGGGAUCUCUCAUUCAGAUUCAACAACUUCUCCGUGUCCAACAACUGGGUAUGAUAAUGAUAGUAGAUUAGUAGUAUAGUAUUAUAUCAACAUCAUAGGAACUUUUUUCCAUGUUGCUUUUUUUUAGCCUUGUUUUCUUGUUGUACAUAUAGAAUAUUAUAUAUUAUUACUUCCAUCUUCGGGUCUUUUGUAAGAGUUGAGAGCUUGUUUUUGCUUCAUUAGACUGUUCACAGAAAAGCAGAAUAAAGAUUCUAGAAUUGCGUUGAAA